AUGAACAGGCUACCGUAUUACCGUGACGAGGCUAGACUUCAAUACACAAUUGAAGGCAUCGAGUUGAUGUACGAGAGGAAGAAAAGAUGCAAGAAGUUUGCGGACACUUUGUAUUAUUGUGAUGAAGAAGAAAAAAAGGAAAAAGAAGAAGAAAAAAAAGAGAAAGAAGAAGAAAAGAAGCCGAAAUCGCCGAGUUUCUUUGAGAAAUUGAAGUCUUGCUUCUUCCGUCCGACUCAAAAAAAGCUCGAAGCAAAGGUUCUUGAGGAAGUCGACAAGGAGACACCCGAUGAUGAUGAUGACACGCGUACCCCGUUCUACGGUCAGGACGAAGAAUUCGAAUUCCUUCUGAAAGCAUUGAGAGAGCGAUUGCAGAUGAGGAACGGUGUCAACGAUUUGCAAUUGGAGUUGGAUAAAGAGAAGCAUAGUCAUUUGAUUACUCUGAGCAAACUGCUCGCCGCGGAUCCCUCCUGCGCAGCAAGCAUGCGCCCGACCGAACGUCGUCUCCGUGAAUCAAUUGAAUCAGAUAAAGCGUUACUGACAACUCUCAAAUCUGAAAACACCAAGCUGAAAAGGGACUUGACUCAAUAUAAAUGGGAUCCGAGUAGCAAGAAGUUUAUCAGUCAGCUGCAGGAUCAGUUGGAGUCGGCGAAUCGUCAAAUCGACAUGAUGGUCGAUCACCAUGAGUUGAAAUUGAAACAGAUCGAGUUGGAUCAUGGAGCGGAUUGUGAGGGAUACGUUUUGCAGGUGGAGAAGAAGAAGUUGGAGGUGAAAGCGUUGAAGAAGAAGCUCGCCGAGCAGGAGAAGGAGCUGGAGGCGUUGAGAGAGAAGUUGAAGGAGAAGGAGGAACAGAAACUCAUCGAUUUUUAA